AUGAAUGGACAUAACCAAGCUGUGGAAAUUAUCCCAAAUAAACUAUAUUGGAUUAGUGAUAGAGCUCCUCCCAAAAACCAAGCCAAAUCUUAUUAUUUCUGUAUUGAUAACGAUUUAGUCUACCAGCCUUUCUGCACAGAUUUUGGUCCUUUGAAUAUCGCAAUGACAUACAAAUUUUGUACAGAACUUGAAAGAUUAGCCAAAAAUCCAUCCUAUGCUAACUAUAAAAUUUAUCAUUAUACUUCUCUAAUACCCGGAAAGCGGGCAAAUGCAGCUUAUUUAAUCGGUGCUUUCCAGAUUUUAAUCCUAGGUAAAACAGCUGAAGAAGCAUGGCAGCCUUUUAUAUCUCUUCCACCAUUUGCAGAUUUUCGAGACGCUGGAUAUGGUGGCUGCACUUAUAAAUGCACAAUUCUGCAUUGCCUUCAAGGCUUAGAGCACGGCGUAAAGCUGGGGUGGUUUAAUGUCCGAACAUUUAACGUUCACGAUUACGAAUUCUACGAGAAAGUUGAAAAUGGGGACUGGAACUGAAUAAUUCCAGGGAAAAUGCUCGCUUUGGCUUGCCCAAAUCCUAAUCCUACUGAUUCAGAAGGGUUUAGAGUAUGAACUCCUGAAGACUAUGCGCCAUUAUUCCGAAGACUAGGAAUAACAGCAGUGGUAAGACUUAACAAUAAAACUUAUGAAUCAGACAGAUUUACAAGGCUUGGGAUAAGGCAUUAUGAUUUAUAUUUCGCUGAUGGCUCAGUGCCUAAUGAUGAACUAAUUGAUGAAUUUUUAAGAAUUGCGGAAAGAGAGCCAGGAGGGGUUGCUGUACAUUGUAAAGCUGGACUAGGGAGAACAGGGACUUUGAUUGGGAUUUAUGCUAUGAAGCAUUAUAAAUUCCCUGCUGCUCCGUUUAUUGGAUGGAUUAGGCUGUGCAGACCUGGAAGCGUUUUGGGCCCACAACAGCAGUUUUUGUGUGAUAAAGAAAAAGAAUAUUUUACUAUGGGGGAUGAAUAUAGGGCACAGAACCAGAUUGCAGAUGGGAUUUCUAAUCUGGAAAUAAACGAGCAGCUUCAGAUGUCUCCUGAAGAAAGAUAUGCUACUUAGUGAAGCUAAGAAUUUAUUAAUUAUUUAAAAAAUUAUGAAAUUUUAGCGUAUUUAGUAUCUCUUAACAGAUAUAUAUUUCAGAAUACGGUGACCAUGGGCAGGGGGAUAGACUAGUUAACGCUAAAAAAUCAAAUCAAAGCACCCCAAAUAGCCCUGUUCAAGUAAAAGAAAGUGCCAUACAAAGAUCUCCAAACCGGACAACAUCCUUAGACCCCAAGUUCCCAGGCAAAAAGACCAAAUUCGUGACAAGCCAAGCUGAAAAGGUGAUUCCACGCUCUAAUACUCCAACGCAAGUAAGAAGUCCAGUUAAAAACCCUAAACAAUAA